CUUCCGUAAGAUUUAAGACAUAAAUAGACAAAUGACAUGCUAUGACGAAAACAUAAUGGUGUACAUCAAAUCUAUCCUUUUCUCCUGGAUAUGUGUACUUCUAACAGUAACAGAUAUACAAAUUGUUCACCUACAAACAGUUCCAAAUCCAUGUCCUAAUGUUACUCCUAAAUCAACAAUAGCGGACAUGUGCACAACACAGUAUGUAACAGAGGGAGAUAAAAAUGGAGGUACAACAGUAGACAGUGUAUCAUUACGUGUACGGACCCAACAAGAUGGAUGUACAUGUGAAGUUGCAUUACAAAAUCAGACUAGUUUAUAUACUAUAUAUAUGAGGAAGUAUGAUUCAAAUACAAUAGCAGCUCCAGAGAAGCAGGCAUGUGGUCUGGCCAUUGUUACAGACUACAAAAUUCCUGAAGGAUUUCCUGAUAAUGCAUAUCCUGUAGAAUGCACAGAAGGAACACAAUCUCGCUCUAUAUCUCUUAGAACAAAUGGAAUUCUUCAUCUGCGAUCUAGAGUGAUUAAUGGUACUUUCACAAGAGGAUAUUGCAUGCAAAUAUAUCGACAUCACAAUCCUGGAGAAAACUUAGGUAUAGAAAUAAACUGCUUUCGUCCUAAUAUGGAAACACCAAAACAAAAGACCAAUGCUACUAUUCAGGACACGCCUGUAUCAGAUACAAAUUCAGCACUGUAUAUUGGCAUCGGUGUAGGUUCUGCUGUUGUGGUUAUUGCUUUGUUUGUAACAAUAGCUAUUAUAAUCAUCAGGCGAAAAGGUAAUAAAGAUAUGAAUGGUGCUGAAAAACAAACAGAAGUAGAUUGCACUAAUAAUGAUUCUGACGGAUUAAAAUAUAACACUUUAUACAAUUCAUCUGAACACCAAGACAUCAUGGAAGGGGAUUAUCAUACUGUUGAGUUAGAGGGAAAACAAAAAAGAACUGGGAUACAGAACUUAGGUAGCGAUAACAGUGUAGAUGGUGGAAACUAUAGCUCCAUUGAUAUAGUUAACAUACACGGGUUAGAUGGUUCAAAACCUGACAAUAGAAUUAAGUCAAAAUCCGCCACCACACCUAGAUCAGAAACCCAAAGACCUGAAAAAGAGACAAGUAAUACCUUAAAACACGUGACUGAAGACAGUUAUGUCGAGUAUGCGGUUGUUGACAAAAGCGGAAGAACUGACCAAAAUAUUAAACAUAUUUCUGCUCCAAAUGAUAGCAAUGUGGAGUAUGCUAUCAUUGAUAAAAAAUGAAAGACUUUGUAUGCAUAAAAUAAAGGAGUUGAUAUUAGGCCAACCUAGUACUUUAGCAGUUUCUUCACUGAAUUCACAUACUUUCAAAUAGAUAUUAUCUAUACGCGACACUUGAAUGUUAAC